UCAUUCACAUAAAUAAGCGCUCCGUCUCACCGGAGAUCAUAAGAGAAACCCUCGGCGAAGAUUAACGGAGUAAAGCGGAAUAACCAACUGGAAUUUUUGACAUUGAACGAAGACUUUCUAGCCGCACUCAAAUGUUUGGAAUCAUGACUUUGAACAAAGGAGACAAGUUGAGGAACAUGGAUAAGAGGAGAGGUAGCAUGCCGUUUCCCCUGCACCUGCAGACUCUGCAUCGGAGAAGUAUGCCGGUGGACGACCGGGAGCUGCGCUCGAUGCCCGCGGCUCAGCCCAGCGAGCUGCCCGGCCUCAUGCGCUUCAAUGCCGACAGGAACAGCUGCGUGUCGGACUCCUCAGACUCGGUCAUCUCCUCCGGCAGCGACUCCGACGGACAGGUCUACAAGGUGGUCCUCCUGGGCGAGCACGGCGUGGGCAAGUCCAGUCUGGCGAGGAUAUUCGGCGGAGUUGAAGACAGUAACGAUUGCGAGGAAACAGGAAACACAUAUGACAGAUCUCUUGAGGUUGAUGACGAGGAGACGUCCAUCCUUCUGUAUGACAUAUGGGAACAGGAUAACAGCCAGUGGCUGCAGGAUCAGUGCAUGCGUAUGGGAGAUGCCUAUAUCAUCGUGUACUCAGUGACAGACAAGUCCAGCUUUGAGAAAGCUUCAGAGCUCCGAAUCCAGCUGCGCAGAGCUCGUCAGUCAGAAAACAUCCCUAUUAUCCUGGUGGGGAACAAAAGUGACCUGGUGCGCUCCCGGGAAGUUUCUAUGGAUGAGGGCAGCGCCUGUGCCGUUGUGUUUGACUGCAAGUUCAUUGAGACCUCAGCCUCGCUGCAUCACAAUGUGCGUGACCUCUUCGAGGGCAUCGUACGGCAGAUUCGCCUGCGCAAGGACAGCAAGGAAGAGAACGCUCGCCGCAUGGCCAACUGCAAGCGUCGUGAAAGCAUCAGCAAAAAGGCCAAACGUUUCCUGGGCCGAAUGGUGGCCCGUAAGAACAAGAAGAUGGCCUUCAGACAGAAGUCCAAAUCUUGCCACGACCUUUCAGUGCUAUAAUUUCAAAAACAAACAAACUGGACUAAUAUGCCAUCUGAUACCCACGACCAGAAGCUGUGUGUUUUUAAUGCUAAUAUAAGGACUAUUUAGCUGUACAGACAAAUACGAACUUGUUUUGUAAACCGAAGAAGAGAUUAUAUAUGAAACACAGCUGACAAGAUCAUGUUGUGCUGACCGGCAUGAGGCUUUUUAUUGUUACGUUACCUUUUUUCUUCAGUGUUUUGCGGCCUUAAUAUGUAUAGUUGUCAGAUUCUGUGCAUGUAAAUUAGGAGGUGAUUCCACAAAUCACAAUGUUACCUGUGGAGAGCUGUGGUUAAGAUGGCACAAAGGCGCGUUGAUUUGCCUUAUGUCUAUUUCUGUAUCAGAGGAGGAACGAGCACAAGUCAUAUUUCUGGUUGAGAUAUCAUAUGGAAUCAAAUGUUACUUGAAACUGAGUGCGCAGGUUCGUAACUCAGCCAAGACACUGAACUCGAUGCUUUUGGGUUUUGUUGGGGGGUGGGAUGAGGGUUGGGCAAGAGGCAAUAUAAAUGCGUUUCGAUAUAAGACGUCCGACAUAUUGAGUUAAUCCGACAUCUAUGCUCCAUGUGCAAAUGAAUGACAUAGAAGCAAUAAAUGAUGUGUUGUUAGCUGUUUUUAAAACGUUUGAUUUGCACUUAAUGCCAUUUAAUAUAAUUGAGUUGUGAAUUUUGUUACAUGUUUAC